GGGAGCGCCCCGCUUCAGCCCGCAACACAGCCAUGGCCUCAGCGCACUCGCGGAAAGUGCCGCAGUGGCAGGUCCUGUUGCUCCCGCUUCUGGCGCUGGCCUUGGGAGACCUAUCGCUGAGGUGUUCCGCCGCCUUCUCGAACCUGCUGAACGUGCGCGUGCCCAAGGGGCUUCUGAAGCUGAGGGAUGGGAGGUGCGCUUGUGGCAGGGUGCGAUAUCCCUGCUUCGGCUUUCAGGGCGACAAGAAGCCCUCCUGCUGCGCCAAAUGCAAGGCGGAGGGCAUGGUCAACAUCAGGCAUCGGAGGUGUACCUGUGGAGAAGCACAGCCAUGUUUUGGGUUUCCAGAAGAUGCGCGGCCUUUGUGUUGUGCCAAAUGCAAAUUGGAGGGUAUGGUGGACAUCAAAAACCCGAGAUGCAACUGUGGUAGGGCAAAACCUUCGUUCGGAAUGCCAGAGGAUGCGCGGCCUUCUUGCUGUGCCAAGUGCAGGUUGGAAGGCAUGAUAAACAUGCGCAAUCCAAGAUGCAAGUGUGGGAAAGCACGGCCUUCUUUCGGGAUGCCUGAAGAUGCACGGCCCUCCUGCUGCGUCCAGUGCAAACUUGAGGGCAUGAUCGACAUGACAAAUCGCAGAUGUAACUGUGGUAGAGCACGGCCAUAUUUUGGGAUGCCAGAUGAUGCACGGCCUUCUUGCUGUGCCAAGUGCAAAUUGGAGGGCAUGGUUGACAUUAGAAGCCGCAGAUGCAACUGCGGCAAAGCAGUUCCUUCUUUCGGGAUGCCGGAUGAUGCACGUGCCUCCUACUGCUCCAAGUGCAAGUUAGAGGGCAUGAUCGACAUCAAAAACACGAGAUGCAACUGUGGUAAAGCAAAGCCUUCUUUCGGGAUGCCAGAGGAUGUGCGGCCCUCCUGCUGUGCCAGGUGCAAGCAGGAGGGCAUGAUUAACAUCAAGAUACGAAGGUGCAAGUGUGGCAGAGCAAAGCCUUCUUUUGGAAUGCUUCGGGAUGCUGGUCCCUCUUGCUGUGCCAAGUGCAAGUUGGUGGGCAUGGUUGACAUGACAAGUCGCCGAUGCAAUUGUGGUAGAGCAGUUGCUUCUUUUGGGAUGCCAGAGGAUGCACGACCCUCUUGCUGCGCCGAGUGCAAGCUGGAGAACAUGAUUGACAUCAGAAGUAUCAGAUGUAAUUGUGGCAGAGCAAAGCCGUCUUUCGGAAUGCCAGGGAACACCUGGCCCUCCUGCUGUGUCAAGUGCAAGUUGGAUGGCAUGGUCAGAAUAAGAACUAGCAAGUGCAACUGUGGCAAAGCAAGGCCACGUUUUGGGAUGCCAGGGGAUGCACGUCCUUCUUGCUGCGCCCAGUGCAAAAUGGAGGGCAUGGUCGACAUCAUAAGUCGAAGGUGUAAGUGUGGCAAAGCAAGCCCGUCUUUUGGGAUGCUAGGGGACGCGCGGCCUUCUUGCUGCGCCGAGUGCAAGUUGGAAGGCAUGGUCGACAUACAUCAUCGAAGAUGCAAAUGUGGCAGAGCACGACCUUCGUUUGGGAUGCCAGAGGACGCACGGGCCUCCUGCUGCGCCAACUGCAAGUCAGAGGGCAUGGUUGCCAUCAGAAAGCGAUGAUGAUCUGCUGAGCCAUGCGGAUUCCAGAAAAUGUGCGAUCCUUGUGCUGUGCCACGUGCACGUUGUAGGCCCUGAUCAACAUCCGAGAUCUGAACUUACGAUUAUGGCUUCUGUGAACAUGUCUGAAGCGGACUGGACCACAUCUUCGAACUUGUCGCACCGCAGCCACUGGCGAACGGCUGCGGCUUCUCAACGAGCUGUCCGCGCUUCGUUUGGGUGCCGGGCCACUUGGCCGGACUUGGGGGCUCGGAGCGUGCCGGGGCGACGCCCCUCAUCCCUCACCACACCCGAGUGGGGAGCAAACGGAAUGAAGUGAGCGCUGCAGCUAAGAAGACAUUUGGUAAAGGA